AUGGAGAAGUCAGCAGCUGGCGACAAUAUCGACAAAUACAGUCCUAGCUCGAUACCCGACUACGACACCGAAUUCCUCAAUCCGGAUGACUUACGUGCUUUCGAAAAAGCCCUCACCGACCAGGACGCCGACCCGCUCGUUGCCCUGAACGAUUGGCGUCCCGUGUACCAGCGGGUCGUGCGAAGGGGACGUGGACGUCGGAAAAGCGCUGCUGCCGCACCACGACGGACGAAAGACGAGACGAGAGAGGGCGUGCUCUACACCGUUCUGAAAUGGCCGUUUCUUUUGUUUGUCCUCGGGUGGAUUACGUUUCUGAGCGUGGGGUAUGCGCUGACGCGCAUCUAUAUUUUUCUGUAUGAGCAAUGGGUGACGUGGAGGGGGAAGCGGGAGAGUCUCAGGAGGGAGCUUUACAAGCAUGAGAAUUAUGACGAUUGGCUUCAUGCAGCGCAAGCGCUGGAUGAGUACCUGGGAAACCAGAGGUGGAAGAAGAUUGAUGAAUACGCAUACUAUGACCACUUGACAAUACGGAAGCUAGGCCGACAGCUUAGGACAGUCCGGAUGCAGGUCGAGGAGGAGAUGAAGCGUGGCGAAUCUGGCUCCACGGUGGUGGUCGAAGAGCUAUGCAACCUUCUUGAAGCCUGCGUCAAGGCCAAUUUUGCUGGAGUUGAAAAUCCCCGGCUUUACAGUGAAGCCUAUUCCGGGACCAAGGACCUUGUUCAGGAUUACAUCGACGAGGUACAUGCGUGUGUCAAGGUAAUUACGGACUCACGACAGGCGAGAAAUGAGGAAAAAUACAGCCAUUUCAAGCAUCUAGAUACAAACUUUGGUCGGACUGCGCUGUGCUUGUCUGGAGGAGCGACUUUCGCCUACUACCAUUUCGGUGUUGUCCGAGCGCUCCUUGACAAUGAGGUGCUUCCGAGUAUCAUCACGGGGACGUCAGGAGGAGCGCUUGUUGCAGCGCUGGUUGGUACUAGGACAGACGAUGAGCUAAAGCAGCUGCUGGUGCCUGCUCUAGCGCAUAAAAUCAAGGCAUGUUCCGAGGGCUUCACAACAUGGGCGCGACGGUGGUGGCGCACAGGCGCUCGUUUUGACACGAUGGAUUGGGCUCGCCAGUGUAGCUGGUUCUGCAGGGGUUCCACCACGUUUCGGGAAGCCUACGAGCGCACUGGACGUAUACUAAAUGUGUCAUGCGUGCCAUCUGAUCCUCACUCGCCGACGAUCUUGGCUAACUACUUGACAUCGCCUAAUUGCGUCAUAUGGAGCGCCGUACUUGCAUCUGCGGCGGUUCCUGGAAUUUUGAAUCCGGUGGUCCUGAUGACGAAGAAACGCGACGGUACCCUCGCGCCGUACUCGUUCGGCCACAAAUGGAAGGAUGGAAGUCUGCGAACGGACAUCCCCAUCAAAGCGCUGAAUUUACACUUCAACGUCAACUUCACCAUCGUCUCGCAGGUAAAUCCUCACAUAAAUCUUUUCUUCUUUAGCUCCCGCGGCGCCGUCGGCCGGCCAGUAACGCACCGCAAAGGCCGGGGCUGGCGCGGUGGCUUCCUCGGAUCUGCCAUAGAACAGUACAUCAAACUCGACCUAAACAAAUGGCUCAAAGUCCUCCGCCACCUCGAACUCCUUCCCCGCCCCCUGGGCCAAGACUGGAGCGAGAUCUGGCUGCAGAAGUUCAGCGGCACCGUCACAAUCUGGCCGAAGACAGUGCCGUCAGAUUUUUACCACAUUCUCUCCGAUCCCAGCCCUGAGCGUCUUGCUCGCAUGCUCCGCACAGGCCAGCAAAGUACAUUUCCCAAAAUCCAGUUUAUCAAGAAUCGGCUCAAGAUCGAAUACGCUAUCCUGGAAGGUCUACAUCGUUUCUCGGCUGAUGGAGAGAGUGUCGGUGCUACGUCGAUACAGCCAUUCCCGUUUGACAAUGGAGCCGCCGGUGCAGAUCAGAAGAGCAACGAUCCGAGAGAAGAGCGUCUCAACCGCAAUUUCCCCGAGCGAAGCUCUGAAUACAGCUACGAUUACGUUAAGAGCUUCUCAGAUUUCUCUGAUGAUCCUAUAGUAUCUGCUGAGAACAGCUCCGUAGACGAUAAUUAUAUCGUGCCUAGUAGGCAGAGGGAUGCUGGGGCUGAAGCUGGAGUUGGUACAGGGACAGCAGAAAGACGCGGGAGUUUCUCAAGCCUGUUUAACCUUGAAGAAAUGAGGAGGCAGUCGGCCGUCUUUUUUGAUGAUCCUGACCUUUAUAGAGAUGGCGGCGAUUUGUAG